AUGGAUAUCUGGAUUAUCGAGCGACUUUGUCUCAGUGGUCAGACCGCCGGCUACCAUAUGCGGGGCAAAGUGGCAGCCAUUCACCCCCGCAUCCCCGAAUUUCUCAAUUUGUUACUGGAGAUCCCAUCAAAAAAGGAGGCAGCUGCUCAGCAAGCCCACACAUUCCCUGCAAAUUUGGUGUUCCAAAUGUUCUCUCAAAUCCGCGUCGCUCUCUUUUUGGUGCUUGGUUUGUUCCUGAGCAUUGUCCAUGCCGCCCCCACUCCGUUGGCCGAGAGAGCUCUUUCGACCUUGUCGACCGCAGAUACCUUCUUUAACUGCGAACUGGAAUUGUGGACGUACGUAAUACUUGUCUAUCGGGUGGUUUCCUUUUUGACUUUGAUGCAGCUGCCUGCUCGAAAUUAUCUGGCUUCAAAACUGUCGAUAGUGGAGGAGAUGGAGGAGUUGUACAGUAUUGGUUUGUUGGCUACUAUCCUGCCAUGUCCUCCAUUGUCGUCGUCUACCAAGGAACCGAUCCCUUCAAACUCGUCCCUCUUUUGCAAGAUGCCAACUUUUUCCUCACCUCACCUCCCCAAUCCCUCUUCCCCGGUCUCCCUAGUGGUUGGCAACCCAGCAUGGGCCAGCUGGAUCAAUACCAAUAUCCCUGAUAAGAAGAGAAUCAAUAACAAGCCGGACCAUAACACGGUUCAUCUCAGGCCGCACGUUGAUAUCAUUCAUUACCUCCAUUCAAAUUUGGACCUCACCACCACCGAGAGAGGCAUCCACAACAUCUCUCAGCACAACACUCGACCGCUGCAUUCGACGCGAUCGAGUUUGGUAUAG